AUAUUUUUCAUUAGCCUAUAAGUUCUCGGAAACAAAAGUUUUCAAGUAGUUGAAAAUACAAAUCUUACAAGUCUUUAUAGUACUUGUUGAGAUCAAAAGAGAAAAGGUGAAAAUGAAGAAAAUUACCAAAAAACUAUCGAUGAAAUAUGUGAAGCUCCACAAGCAAAAAAAGCUCCGCCAAGACGGGUCCAUGAAGUCAGAGGAAGACGGUGGAGAGCCUUUCCGGGAAUCUCAUUCGCCGGAUAAUGCGGAAAGUAAUGAAACAAAGGAGACUCCUAAGGUUACAAAGAUUAUGGAGUCCAUGCAUCGUAAGCUAAUGCUAAAAGAUAAGGCAAAUAAAAAGAAAAUUCACAUGGACGAUCACGAUCAAUCCCAUAUGUUUGAACGUUCGGUUAGGAAUGGUGGCCGUGAUCGCAAGGACCAGCUUGAUGAAGACUCGGUUAGAAACACGAAUCGUGAUGGUACGGAUCAGCUUGUAGGCUCGGUUAAAAAUAGUCAUAUGGAUCAUCUUGAAGAUUUGAUUAGGGGUCGUGAUCGUAUGGAAGGGUCCAUUAGGAAUGGUACUCGUAAUCGUGUGGACGAACUCGAAGGUUCUAGCAAAAAGGGUCUUAAUUAUGAGCGUGAAGACAAUAGUACUAAAACAAGCGAUCAAAUAGAUCAAUCAGAAAAAUCAACUAAAAGUCCUUCUGACUUUGCUUCAAAAAAAGAUUAUCUUGAUUGGAUUGAAUACGUGGAAGGAUCGAGUCAUCAUUGUUUUGAUCGAUCCGAAGAUUCCGAAAGACCUUAUAUAAGAGAGGAUAUCGAUCAUGACGAGAUAAGCGUUGGUAUAUCAGAAGGAUCACUAGAGGGGAACAAUGAUGAGAGCUUAUUACUCAAGAGCUCUAAGUAUAGAAAAAAUGAGAAAUUUGAAGAUUCAAAAGGUUAUAAGAAAGGAAAAGGUAGCAAGACUAAAGAUUCAUUGAAAUGUCAAAUAGUUGACUAAAUGUUGAAAUGGCAUUUUGGUCCCAACAAAAUAAAUGUUUCUUUCACAAUGUAUAAUAUGAUCAUUGAUCAUUUAGUUAGUAUGAACAACUACUAUGUAUUAUCAUUAUUUUCAAUGAAAAUUGUGGUUUUUA